UGCACACAGUACACAUAAUACAACGAACACAUACGCUAGGCUGUCAUUUGUGUGGCUGUGAAGUGCUAAAUUUUGUCCGUCCAAAAGCCUCUUGAAUUUUGUCAGAUCGCUGGCUUGCGUCACUGGUGUCUAGCACAUUCGUAGAAUUUAUCCUGUUUCAGUGUUUGGAGGCGUGUCAACAUUUGCUUAUUCCACUUUGGCAACUGCUCCCAGGUGGUUUGCAGAAUUUCCCUACCUGUCUUUCUACAUAUUUGAACGUUCAUGCCCAUAAACGGUGCCGCUACUAACAUGGGAGAAUUUGUUGGCGGGAGCGCGGUGGAUCGGUGGACUUGCCCAAACGACAGACAGCUUGCCCUCCGGGCGAAGCUGGGUUCCGGGUGGUCCUUCCACACCUCUGCUAGCAAAUACAAGAAAAGUGACACGUUGAGCAGGGAAGAACAGGAGACCAUCUUGGGUGUGAUUGAGAGAGCGGACAAAUUGGAAGUGGCAGAACAGGAAAGAAUAGGCCGGCUCGUUGACAAAUUAGAAAACAUGAAGAAGAACGCGUUGGGCAACGGUUCGGGGAAAUGUGUCUUGUGUGGUGAUGAGUUUGGUCUACUUGGUGCCUCUCCACUAACCUGCCAUGAUUGCUAUAAGGCCGUGUGUACAAAGUGUGGGGUUGACACAACAAACAGUUUCAAGCAUCCCAUUUUGUUAUGCAAAAUAUGCAGUGAGACCAGGGAGUUGUGGAAGAGGUCCGGAGCCUGGUUUUUUAAGAGCCUUCCAAAAUACAUCAUUCCAGAGAAGAAAGUGGACCAGUCCAGAUUGCAAGGUUGGAGGUUUGAGACCCGAAAGUCGGGGAGAAAGUCAACCACUGGCCGAGUCAACAACACGUGGAGCAAAGCCGAUGUCAGUGAGAGCGAAUCCGAAUAUUCAAGCUCGGAAGACGAAGUCAGCAUCGGAAGGAAGAGAAAGCCUAAGAGGGAGACAAACACAGACGAUAACAUCAGCAUCGGCAGUAAGAAUGGCAUGGCCAGCUCCAUCUAUGGCAACAAUUACAUGGCGGGGAGUCGAACCAGCAUCGGUAGUGCUGGGUGGUACGGGGGUGCCAGCACCACAGAGAGCAGUCAUGAUGCCGCACGGGACGAGUCUGACAGUGAAAGGAGCACACUAGGAGACAAUGAGCACAGUCGCACCAGUUCCGUUCGCUCCCUCACGAGCACUAACAUCUCAGUAUCAGAUCUCAGUCGCACCAGCUCCGUUCGUUCGGGGGGCAGCAGUGGCCCUGUCAUCGCCCUCAAACCAGACCACGAGGAAGAGGACAUGGACCGUGCAUUCACCCAGUUCAGCUCAGCCUUGCAGACUAGUGCAGCCCCUCCCACCUCGGUGGGCAGCUCCUUCGAUUCGCAGGAUUAUGGCCUGCCGGACGCGCUAGGGUCCAGCCCGGAUGAAGGAAGUUCAUUGGGAACACUGGAGUUUUCAGUACUGUAUGACGGAGUCAAUAACGCUCUGCAUUGCACUAUUCACAAGGCCUCCGGGUUGAAGGCUAUGGAUUCCAAUGGAAUGUCAGACCCCUACGUCAAGCUCCACCUGUUGCCAGGAGCCACUAAGUCCACGAAAUUGCGCACCAAGACGGUCCACAAGACCUUGGAUCCCAAAUUCAAUGAGACGCUGACCUAUUAUGGAAUCACCGAUGACGACUUGAUGAGGAAGACACUCAGGCUAUCUGUGCUAGAUGAGGAUAAGUUUGGUCAUAAUGACUUCAUUGGUGAAUACCGCCUUCCACUUCGCAAGCUGACGCCCCACACAACCAAGAAUAUGAGCGUCUACUUAGAGAAACAGAUGCCGCUGGAGAAGGACGAUGAACUGAUGGGGGAGCGGGGAAAGAUCCUGGUAUCCCUCAAAUAUCUGAAGGAGAGGCAGCAGCUGUUGGUUGGUAUCCUGCGCUGCGCCGGCCUUGCCGCGAUGGACGCCAACGGGUAUUCCGACCCCUAUGUCAAAGUAUACCUUAAGCCAGACAGUGGGAAGAAAACUAAACACAAGACAGCAACCAAGAAGAGAACGUUGAACCCUGAGUUCAACGAGGAGUUCUUUUAUGAUGUCGCCCACAAUGACUUGGCAAAGAAGACACUUGAAAUAACUGUUUGGGACAAAGAUAUCGGCAAGCAUAAUGACUACAUCGGGGGUAUUCAGCUAGGCAUCAACGCCAAAGGGGAACGUCUGCGGCAUUGGUUUGAGACACUCAAGCACACAGACAGGAGGUUUGAGCGCUGGCAUACACUGUCGGAUGAAAUCUUCGCCGGGGAUGACUGAAGACAGAGUGGCCAGUAGUAGGCAUGUGUGGAGGUUCUAGCGUAACGGUUCUUGGUUUGUGAAGUUUCAAAUUCAAGAUCUUUAUUUGUAAUGGAGGCAAGGUUUAAAUACCAAUCUGAACAGCUUUCAUGGACACAAUUUUAAGUUUAAAUUGUACAUUCAAAGAGCCUGCAGCUUCAUGAAUCAGUUACAAAAGGACAAAGCUUGUUGCUUAAAAAUGUGCCGAUGUGGUACACUUUCUGACGAGCAGUUUCCUAGUGGCUGGUUUGAUUUGACAAAAUGUUGUAGAACGGUUACAACAAGUUUUAACAGCUCACACAAAAGACUUGCAACUCUCACAUUUUGCUGUUAAUUUUCUAAUAUCCAAACAUACAUGAAAUAAUUCUAGCCAAUAACCAAAUCACACCCAGGAUCAGCUGAAACCCUUAUAAGACCAUCACAAGACCACCACAAGACCAUCACAUGACCACCACAAGACCAUCACAAGACCACCACAAGACCAUCAC